UGGCUGGAGGUCUGUGGACACAUGACCGGGCUCUAUCUUUCUGAGCCUCUGUUCUUGCUCCAUCCAAAGAGACAGCAGCAUGAACUCUGCCUCUUCCCUAGAGCCUGGAGGGAUGAGGGAGAAGAACAGAGAAGGCCCCUCCUGUGCAGGGAAGCUUGGGGUUCCCAGCCUCUUCCCUGCUGCAUGUGAACUUCUGUGAGGGGCCAUGGAACGCGGGAAGAGGAGGUGUUCGUGUGCAGCGUCUGUGGCCAGGGAAGGGGUCUGAGCCUGGGUGAUGCUGAAGAUGAUGACCUUCUUCCAGGGCCUUGUGCCAGAGACUCUCGGCACCCCUGGAGACCGCGCCAAACCGCAGUCUUCGUCGGAGUCCGAGGCCUCCAUGUCAGAGGCGUCCUCGGAAGAUCUGACCCCGGCCCCGGAGGCCGGGGCGGCCCCCGACGGGGAGGCGGAAGGGGCUGCCAAGAAGAAGUCAAAAGGACUGGCCAACAUGUUCAGCGUCUUCACCAAGGGGAGGAAGAAGAAGAAGAAGAGGGAGGAGAGUCAGCCUAGCCCCGCAGAGCCGGAGAACGAGCCCAAGCCGGAGCCAGAGCUGGACGGCCCACUGCCCACAGUGGAGGAGCUGAAGGAGGCGCUGGAGAGCGGGCGGCUGGAGGCGGCGCGGCCGCUGCUGGCGCUGGAGCGGGAGCUGGAGGCGGCGGCGGCGGCGGGCGCGAGCGAGACGGAGCUGGUGCUGCGGCAGAGCAAGGUGGAGGCGCUGUACGCGCUGCUGCGGCCGCAGGUGCUGGGCGUGCUGCGGCGGCCCCUGGAGGCGGCGCCGGGCCGGCUGCGCCAGGCGCUGGCGGUGCUGCAGGAGCAGGAGCGCGAGGACCGGCGCGCGGCGGCGGCGGGGCCCGGGGCGGCGGCGCUGGCGCCCGCGCGGCCGCGGCGCUGGCUGCAGCUGUGGCGCGGCGCGGUGGCCGAGGCGGCGGCCGAGCGCAUGGCGCGGCCGGCCGCGGGCGCCGCGGGCGCCGCGGGCCGCUCGGAGGCCGAGAGCGCCUUCCUGCGCAUGGGCCGCACCAUGAAGGAGGACCUGGGCGCCGUGGUGGAGCGGCUCAAGCCGCUCUUCCCCGCCGAGUUCGACGUGGUGGCCACCUACGCCCGCAGCUACCACCAGCUCUUCGCGGCGCACGCGGGCGCCCUGGCGCAGUUCGAGCUGUGCGAGCGCGACACCUACCUGCUGCUGCUCUGGGCGCAGAACUUGUACCCCAAUGAAAUCCUCAACAGCCCCAAGCUGGCGGGGGAGCUGCAAGGCGUGGGUCUGGGGGGCCUCCUAAGCACCCAGCAGAUCAGACUGCUGGAGAACACGUUCCUGUCCAAUGAGGUGGCCAACAUGAGAGAGCUGAUGACCCGAGCCUUGAACCUGGAGUCCCAGCGCUGGGCCCAAGAUGUGGCCCCCCAGAGGCUGGACGGCCACUGCCACAGCGAGCUGGCCAUAGAUAUCAUUCAGAUCAUCUCCCAAGGUCAGACCAAGGCCGGGUCCAUCACCCCCGCCCUGGCCACGCAGGUAUCCCACAUGCUGCUGGUGGAGCUGCUUGGGCUCCUGAGGAGCUACCAGUGCGCCUUUGAUGAGUUUCUGGAGAGAGGCAGACAGCUGAGACACUACAGGGCCAAUGUCAUGGCCAACAUCAACAACUGCCUGUCUUUCCGGACAUCCAUGGAAUCCAUGGAGCAGAACCAGCAGAUACCACAGAAUCUCCUAGGCCACCUGCUGACCCCCCUAACUGAGCUCAAGGCUCGUGGCUUCCACACCCUGCUCCAGAGCCUGUUCACGGACCUGAAGCCGCUCUUUAAGAGGUUCACGCAGACCCGCUGGGCGGCAGCUGCAGAGACCCUGGAUGAGAUCCUGGCCCUGGUGUCUCAGAGGCUGCCCGAGUUCUUGGAACUGCACGCCUGUUUCCGGGAGGAGCUCAUGGAGGCCGUGCACUUAAACCUGGUGAAGGAAUACAUCAUCCGCCUCAGCAAGCGGCGCCUGGUCCUCAAGACCGCAGAGCAGCAGCAGCAGCUGGCCAGGCACAUCCUGGCCAACGCCAACGCCAUCCAGCAUUUCUGCACGCACAAUGGGUCCCCCGCAACCUGGCUACACCCCGCCCUCCCCUCUCUCGCUGAGAUCAUCCGACUGCAGGACCCCAGCGCCAUCAAGAUCGAGGUGGCCACCUACGCCACCUGCUACCCUGACUUCAGCAAAGACCACCUGAGCGCCAUCCUGGCCAUCAAGGGGAACCUGUCCAGCAGCGACGUCAGGAGCAUCCGGAACAUUCUAGACAUCAGCACAGGGGUGCAGGAGCCCUCCAGGUCCCUGUUUUCACUUAUAAAUGUUGGUUAGCAUUUGCUGCGGUCUGACCUGCUUGUGAGGGACAGCGAGCAUCGGGCACUGUCCCACCGGCUCCUCCGCUCUGCCCGCUCCUUCUGCCAGCUAGGCACUGGACUAGAACCCCGGCAGCUGGAAGUGGACAGACUCCAGUCCGCUGAGGGAAGCUGCAGAUGGUGGCUAAUGGUGUGUGCCCAAAAAGAAGGGAGCCGGGCAAGGAGAGCCCGGCUUCUCCAGUCUGUGUCCUAACCAUGCGAGCAGCCCCUCCAGCUCUCCGGGGCUGGGGGCCGAGCCUCCUCCCUCCCAGCCACCACGAACUGGGCAGCAAGUCUAGACCUGAAGACUGAACCGGAAGGGAGUGGAAACGGUGGACUCUUCACUGGGAUCCUGUGGUGAGCGGGAGCAGAGUCAGCGUCAGAGCCCACUUCUGGAUUGUGCUGUGGUCCUGACAGGGCCAUCUGUCUGUCUAGGCUCCGGCCUAGACUCUCUGCACUCUUCGAGGACUCUGGAGAGUGGACACAGGAGGCUGAGCGUCUACCGCAGCUUGGCGCAGGCCGCUAGGCGCCUGCGUGACUGAGGACGGGCUGGGCGGGGCGAGCUCUGGGUUCCUUCCCUGCUGCUGCUGUAGCACGUCUCCACGUGCUCGGUCUGGAUUCUGACCACAGAAAAUCAAUUGUGGGAGGAGGCAGGAUUUGGGGAGGCGCUUCCGGGCCUCCCACCCGCAGGGCCUGCGGCGCGGCGUGGCAUCAGUCCUCUCCCACGCGCUGCCUCCCGCUCCAAAACCAAAGGCCCCCGUCGAGAACCUUCACCCGUCUCCGCUUUAAGGUCAGCUGUAAGCGACCUCCGUUCCCAUCUUCUGUGUCACCAACAGUCACGCUGUCUAGAAUUGGCACGAGAACACCGUGGGGCAGCCGUUCUGCUCGUCCCCCCCCCC